AUGGCGGGAGAACAGCUUUGUGGCGGCGGCUGUGGCUCGAAAACAAAAUAUCGUUGUAUAACUUGUAACAUUUAUGUUUGUAAUCGCCCACUGUGCGGGGUUGCUGAAGAAAACGAAAAUGCCGAGGGCUGGAUGGAAAAUUCCAGCGUCUCCUAUUGCAAUGAAUGCUUUUUCAGAACGCCGGGUCUGGCGAAAGAACCUGAGCGUCCUCCCAUCGUGGCAGACGGCCUACGUGAACAAGAGCACGAGAACAGUGAAGACGAAGAAGACGAGGAAGACGACUACGAACUGUCAGAUUUGAAAAAUAAGAAGAAAAAGAAAAAUACCGGACGAAGAUCGUUGUGGGACGCCGAUUACAUCGACGAUAUGGUUGACAUUAUUGCAAACAGUGAAAAUUUUAAGAAAAAACUUAUAUUCACGAACAACAAGAAGGCGACGAAUAGCGAGGUUUACAAGCUUGUUUUAAAAGAGAUCAAGAAACGACACCCCUCUUUCUCUUUCACCAUCCAACAAAUGAGAAACAAAUUCAAGUGGUGUGUAAGCAUGUGCAAGAAAGUAGCUCUAACCAUACAAACAGCUACAGGCAUCAAAAGAUUUGUGGAGGAAAAAGGAUUCAGCAAGUGGUUUGAUCUCCUGUUCCCAUUGAUCAAAAGCAGGGAUUCUUGCCAACCAGAGCGAGCGAUUGAACCAUCAACCAGCAGACCAAGCAGUUCCGCUUCCUGUUCCAGUUCAAGUGGAACCAGCAGAGUCUCUUCAGGCACACCAACUGAUGAGGUGGAAAAUGAUGAAGAAAAAGAAGAGGAGGCCACAGAAAAAAUGUUUGUCCCAAUUAGGAAAAAAAGAAAAAAUAAUGAAGCAGAAACAAUUGGAAAAAUGCUGAAAAUAAUGGAAACAAUGGUUGAGAAUGAUCCAACAAAAGAUCUCUUAAAAUUUAUGAAAGAGGAUGCAGAGAGGUCACGGCAGACCGAACAGGAGCUGUUUAGGCUGUUAACAAUACAAUGUCAACCACCUCCUUUACAGCAUGUGCCACAGCCAGCAUUUGUGCCCCAGAAUCAGUACUACCAAGGUUCACCACAACAAUGCUGGGGGCAAGCACAACAAUUUUCUCCACAAACCACCCCUGAAAGAAUCAACACACGCCAUGCACCUGCAUUUCAGGAAGCAACAAAGACAUAUACAACACUUUAG